UUGCGCCCGCGACCACAGCCAUGAGCCAGCAAUGGUGACUCGCCCAUGAUACUAUAGCUCCGCUGCCAUGUCCGAGUCAUCGGGUUACAGAGCAGACAGUUCGGGAGAUGGGAAGGAGAAGAAGAAUCCAAUCAAGCGAGAUGCCUUCGCGGAGCUAAUGUCCACGAAGAGCAAGCAGCGCAAAUCCACCACCACCACCACAACCUCAACAAAACGAAGAGCCAUCGGCGGACCCCGCGACGGACUCGGCGCCUACAUCGCCAACCCAGCCGCCUACCCCUCUAGCACCGUAAUCUACCACAACGACGACUUCGUCGCGGUCCGUGACCUCUUCCCCAAAUCCACGCUGCACCUGCUCCUCCUACCCCGCGACCCCACCAAAACCCGCCUCCACCCGUUCGACGCCCUCUCCUCCUCCUCAUCCGACGGCGCGGCCUUCCUGGAAAAGGUGCGGGCGGAGACGCAGCGGCUGCGCGCGCUGGCCGCGGGCGAGCUGCGCCGGAUGCACGGGCGGUACUCGGCGCAGGAGGAGGCGCGGAGGGCGGCGCUGGACCGCGACCCCCCGCCGGCGGAGCUGCCGCGCGGGCGCGACUGGGAGCGCGAGAUCAUGUGUGGGAUCCACGCGCAUCCGUCCAUGAACCACCUGCACAUCCAUGUCAUCUCCGUGGACCGCUACAGCGACCGGCUGAAGCAUCGGAAGCAUUACAAUAGUUUCUCUACGCCGUUCUUCGUGCCUAUCGAGGACUUUCCCCUCGCGGAAGAUGAUCCCCGGCGGCGGCCGGAUGAGAUGGGGUAUCUGCGCCGGGACUUUGUCUGUUGGCGCUGUGGGCAGGGGUUCGGGAAUCGGUUCACCGAGCUCAAGGCGCACCUUGCGGAGGAGUUCGACGCUUGGAGGCGGUUAUAAUAUUUUUAAAAAAAGGUACAUAAUGGACAUGGGGAUAUGGGUAAAGGUUUGGGUUCAAGGAGCAAGGGCGUGGUAUCCCUUGUUCAAGUUCAAUAUUCAAGCCUUGAGUGUUUCUAAUGGAAACCUGAAGCCUGAGUUGCAAAAGCUUCAUUUGCCUAAAUCAAAUGUGGACAUAAAUGUACACGCAAAAUAAAAGAGCAGGAGCCCCAGUCGACCGACCACAUUUCAGCAGUCGUUUCUGUCAACGGGUCAUCCUGUCUUCAGCCUUAUAGAGAGAACCACUCAAGGUCCCCUCUACGGGCAUUGAAUCCUUCCCUUAUCUUCAUCUUACACAGCCACCGU